AUGCAAUCCUACGAACCCCCCUCCGCCUGCAACGGUCUAAGCGGCGACGCCAUCCCGCUCUUCAACCGUCUUCAAUCCGAACAUUCCCCCAAAUACAUAAUCUACAACAUCCCCGCGGACACCAAACUCAUCAGCGUCCUAAACUCCUCCCAAACGAGAAACUACUCGGAAUUCUUAUCAGAACUUCCGGAUAACGAAUGUAGAUACGGAGUCUACAGUUUCGGAGACGAUCAGAAUGAUACCAUAUUUAUCAAUUGGGUACCGGAUGGGGCUGGGAUUAUGGAGCGGGAGUUGUAUGUGGAAUGUGCGCUGGAAUUGUGGAGGGAGAUGAUGGGGUUGAGACCGGUGGCGAGGUUUGAGAUUCGUGAGAAGAGUGCGGUUGCGGAGGAGGAUGUGAGGAAGAAGAUUGCUUUUUCGGGAUAA